UAUCAUAUAAUAGUCGUUGUUUUCAUAUUUUCUAUUUCUUUUCCUAGGUCGUGACUCUUCGACCGUGCAAGUGACCUAUAUGGCGUAUCAGGGUCAAGGUCACUAUGUCCGGAGUGUUAACCAGGCGGAAAGCUGGGGAGAGCGGGGUGGUUGUCAGGUACACGCCAUGCGCUAGGUCCGAAGUACAGGCAGAUGGAGCUGAGACGGACAGAGAUCAGAUAGCAAUAGUCGAGGAGGACUCCAGGGAGGGAGAAGAGGACGAGGACAGUAGCCUAGGAGGAGGAGGAGAAGGAGGAGGGGAAGGAGGAGGAGAAGGAGGGGGAGUAGGGGCCGGAGAAGGUGGUGCCUUCCGGGCAUCGGGGAGCUCUGACGUUUCGAAAAGAGGAGCGGGUGCAGGAAGAGGAGGAGGAGGAGGAGGGGGAGGGGGAAGCGGGUACUCAAGAGGAGACGCCGCGAACGAGAGCUUCAGCGGCGAUGAAGAAAUCUUCGAGCGUGGAAACGAGCUCAACCACAUUCAGGAUAGCUUCAACAACGGCGACGACAUCGAUGUUGAUGAUGAUGACGAGGAUGACGCGGCAUUCCGUGACGAUGACGACAGGGCGCGCGGGGCGUCCUCUGAUGCGUUGUCCUUCGUGACCCCGGCCCACAUACAGCCCCACACUGUGGUCACGGCGAACGGGCCCAGGAACCUGCCGCCGGGAACUAUCUUCACAUCUCAAACGUCUUCCUCGGAUAGAACGAAGCUCAUUGGAGAACGAUUAAGCUCCAGUGACAAAAUCAGUCUGUCCUCUCCCAUUUACUCCAACAAAGUCAUCGAGCAAAAGGCAAAGUCCACAUCCAAACAGAGCCUUUUGGACCUCUUCAGCUCGAGGCUGGAUAAGGUCAAGGUCAACCGGAAGCGCUUCUCUUUAGCGCAGGCGUCGCUGAUGAAAAAACCGCGUCCGAGCGAAGGGAAUAUCAUAGCUCACACCACGCGAAAUCAGCGGCGCCAACGACGUAAAGAGAUCAAGCGAGACUUCGGCAAGAAAAGCAUCAAAGGCGACAAUCGAAUCGAAACCGCCACGACGGUCAGCUCGGAACGCGACGGGUGUAACUGGACGUUCGUCUUCGACCCGUCCGGCCGCCUCUGCUACUGGUGGUCAAGUGUGGUCAGUGUGGCCUUCCUCUACAACUUCUGGGUUCUAAUCUACCGCUUCGCAUUCCAUGAGAUCAACUCGGAUAACAUCGCUAUCUGGUUCACCCUCGACUACACGGCCGAUUUUCUUUACAUCCUCGACAUCGCAUUCCAUUUUCGAUCUGGCUAUCUCGAAGACGGUGUUUUGCAGACCGACCCGACAAAAUUACGAAUACACUACAUGAAUACGACUAUGUUCUAUAUCGAUUGCCUGUGCCUCCUGCCAAUAGAUUUCUUAUAUCUCAGUAUUGGCUUCUGCUCUAUCCUGCGUUGCUUCCGACUCGUCAAAUUCUACCGAUUCUGGUCGUUUCUGGAUCGCACGGAGCGCCACACCAACUACCCCAACAUCAUCCGGACAGCCACGCUGAUUCACUACCUGCUCGCUUUAUUUCAUUGGAACGCGUGUCUGUAUUACAUCGUGGCGUCCCGCAUGGAGCGAGUUCCGGAGAGUUGGACGUUCCCCAAGGAUAAGCAGGACACCUUGUUGCAGUAUCUGCACGGGCUGUACUGGAGCGUGCUCACGCUGACCACGAUAGGAGACCCACCGACGCCCAAGUCUAUGCCGGAGUAUCUUUUCGUCAUCUUUGAGCUUCUCUUCGCGCUGCUUCUCUUCGCCACCGUCCUUGGACACAUCGCCAAUAUUGUGACCAACGUGAGCGCUGCUAGGAAGGAGUUUCAGG